AUGGCGUUCUCAGUCGACCGGAUUACUCCCACCAUGGUGUCUGUGUUCUCUGGUAUUGACAACGCCAGAGUGUUGGCUUUCCGCUUCCAAUUUCGGAGGAACACACACCUCCUCAAUGCUCAGCUUUCCAAUUCUUUCUCCUUCAAUUUCAGAUUUCAUUCUCACUCUAAGAGUUUGAAUUCUGUUCAAUGUCAUGAUCCAUCGCGGUUGCCUUGGACGGGUCCAGUUCCAGGUGACAUUGCUGAAGUGGAGGCGUAUUGUAGGAUCUUUAGGAAUUCUGAAAGGCUUCAUUCUGCUUUAAUGGAUGCCUUGUGUAACCCAAUCACUGAUGAAUGUAGUGUUUCCUGUGAGGUUCCGUCUGAUGAGAAAUCGCUUCUAGAGGAUAAAAUAGUAUCUGCCCUUGGAUGCAUUGUGGCCCUUGUGAACAGUGGGAGGCAGAAUCUUCUUUCUGGAAGAUCUUCGAUUGUUACUCCAUUUCGUGGAGCAGAGGUUGGUGUGAUGGAGGAUACACUGCCCCCGCUUGCCCUUUUCAGGAGUGAGAUGAAGAGGUGUUGUGAGAGCUUGCAUGUUGCUCUUGAGAACUAUUUAAUUGCUGGCGAUGAUAGGAACUUGGAUAUGUGGAGGAAACUUCAGAGGCUAAAGAAUGUGUGCUUUGAUUCUGGCUUUCCUCGUGGGGAGGAUUGUCCAUGUCCUGUGCUGUUUGCAAAUUGGAGUCCAGUAUAUUUGUACAAUCCUUUAGAGGACACCGAGUCCAAAGAAUCUGAAGCAGCUUUUUGGACAGGCGGGCAGGUAACAGAAGAAGGUCUAAAGUGGUUACUUGAUAAAGGAUAUAAGACCAUCAUAGAUCUCAGAGAAGAAGAUGUGAAAGAUAACUUCUAUCAAGCAGCUGUGUGUGAUGCUAUUUCAUCUGGAAGUAUUGAGUUGGUCAGGAUCCCUGUUAAAGAUAGGACUGUUCCUACGAUGGAACAGGUUGAGAGGUUUGCAUCUUAUGUUUCAGAUAGCAGUAAAAGACCAAUUUAUCUUCAUAGCAAGGAAGGAAUUAGGAGAACGUCUGCCAUGGUCUCUAGAUGGAGGCAGUACAUGACUCGCUUUGCAUCACAGGUUGUUUCGAAUCAAGCAGUUAUUUCCAAUGACAUGUUAUCAGAUAAUACAAAUGGAUCUGGAAAAAUGCAGGACUCAAUAGUUGCCGAGAGAUCCUUCCAGGAAAAGGAUACCAAUUUGCUGCAAGAGGGUGCAACGCAUGGUUCUGAAGGCUCAUAUGACUCAUGUACCUCUUUAGAGAAGAAUAAUGAAAAAAGACUAACCAAUGGGGCCAUAAGUCAACUUACUCCUGAUGGCAGGGCCUCGUCACAAGCCACUGGUGCUAAUGGGGAAGGAUCUUUUCCAAGUUUCUCCAGCAAAACUAGCCCUUUAGAAGCUCAAGUUCCUCCUUUUGAUAUCUUUUCCAAAAAAGAGAUGUCCAAAUUCUUGGGAAGUAGGAAGAUCUCAAAACCCUCUUGUUUCAGUUAUCAGGAAAAAAGAUUGGAAUGCCAGCCAGAUUUGAGGAGCUCUGAACCUGAAACUGUAGGCUCAGCGAAAAGUUCCAAUGGGUCAGCUCAGUCACAUAACACAGUUGGUAGCAAAUGGAAGUCAGUGAAUGUGAAUAAUUCCAGUUCUGUUAGGACAACAGUUAAUGGAUAUAGUGAUGGGAAAAUGUAUUACAGGACUGAUGCCAAUAUCUCUACCACUGUGAACAAUGAUAUUGAUAAGGAUAAGGCUGGAUUAGCCUUACGUGAUGAGGACUUGGAGCUUAUUGGAAGAGACAUGUGUGCAUCAUCAACGGGGGUGGUAAGGUUGCAAUCAAGGAAGAAAGCAGAGAUGUUCUUAGUACGAACAGAUGGAUUUUCUUGUGUGAGAGAGAGGGUGACUGAAUCCUCUUUGGCCUUUACUCAUCCUAGCACCCAGCAGCAGAUGCUUAUGUGGAAAUCUACACCAAAGACUGUUUUACUGUUGAAAAAGCCAGGAGAGCAUCUCAUGGAAGAAGCUAGAGAGGUGCCAUACUGGUUUGGAAUUCGGUGGCCACCAUGGCCUGCCUGGGAAACCCACCACCUGACUGCCUUUAUGUGGCAGUUUGGUGGAAUCCUGCCGUGCUUGGUUGUUGCUUCUUUUCUGUAUUUCCAAGAGAAAAUGAACGUUCUGGUGGAACAAGAUGUGCAUGAUAUAUUUGGGAGAAUUCCUGGGUUUGGAUUUGUUCAGACCUUCUACAGUCAGGAUACUUGUGAUCUACACGAGAAAGUGGAUUUUGUGGCAUGUUUGGGGGGAGAUGGUGUUAUACUGCAUGCUUCAAAUCUGUUCAGAGGUGCUGUUCCCCCUGUUGUGUCAUUUAACCUUGGUUCUCUUGGUUUUCUGACUUCUCAUAAUUUUGAAGACUACAAGCAGGACUUACAACAAGUUAUCCAUGGUAAUAGUGCACGAGAUGGAGUGUACAUAACUCUCAGAAUGCGUCUCCGAUGUGAAAUUUAUCGUAAGGGUAAAGCUGUACCAGGGAAAGUACAAGGUGAUGGAGUCAUUGUUGCAACCCCCACUGGAAGCACUGCCUAUUCUACAGCUGCUGGAGGUUCUAUGGUCCAUCCUAACGUUCCGUGCAUGCUGUUUACUCCAAUCUGUCCACAUUCCCUCUCAUUUAGACCAGUCAUACUUCCAGACUCUGCACAACUUGAAUUAAAGAUUCCAGAGGACGCAAGAAGCAAUGUCUGGGUUUCAUUUGAUGGAAAGAGAAGGCAGCAACUUUCUAGAGGAGAUUCAGUACGAAUAUCUAUGAGUCAGCAUCCACUUCCAACAGUUAACAAGUUUGAUCAAACAGGUGAUUGGUUUCAUAGCUUAAUUCGCUGCCUAAAUUGGAAUGAAAGGCUUGAUCAAAAGGCUCUAUAA